AUGAACAGGGUUUUUGGUCUGUUUUAUUUUUUCCAGAAACUGGUGAUAACCAAGGCAAAAGCAGCUGUGAUUCAGAAUGUUUCAGAUUUGUAUACCACCAACAUACCUCCAUGUUUAAAAGUAGCAGAUUUGGGCUGCUCAUCAGGGCCAAACACCCUACUGGUGAUCACAGAGAUCACCGAGGCUCUUGAUAAAAGAUGUCAUCAGUUGAAUCGUGAUACACCAGAAUUUCAAGUGUUCCUCAAUGAUCUUCUAAAUAAUGACUUCAACAUCAUUUUCAAGACCUUGCCGGCUUUCUAUGAAAAACCAAAGGAGGAGAAGGGUGAAAAGUUUGGGUAUUGUUCUAUCUCAGGAUUACCUGGUUCUUUCUAUGAGAGGCUUUUUCCAAGCAGAUCAAGUUUUCCUGAGGCCACGGUGAAUGGGUAUCAAUUUACCGUGGACUAUGGGAAGGUUCCAUCAAUGGCUGAAAGUAACAAAGGAAAUAUUUACUUCGUAAGGAUGAGUUCACCAAGUGUGCACAAAUCAUACUUGGAGCAAUUUCAAAAGGAUUUCUCUUUAUUUCUUAGCUUGCGUUCCAAGAAAAUAAUAUCAGGAGGGCAAAUGGUUCUAACAAUGUUAGGCAGGAGAAGUGAAGAUCCCUUUGGCAAUGCAUGUUACAUAUGGGAGUACUUGUCUAAGUCACUAAAUGACUUGGUCUCAGAGGGUCUCACUGAAGAAGCUAAAGUGGAUUCAUUCAAUUUGCCUUUCUAUAUGCCUUCUAGUGAAGAGUUAGAUGUUAUAGUUAGUGCAGACGGAUCGUUUUAUCUUGAUGAACUAGAAUUUUUUUACAUCAAUUGGGAUGGGUGUGAUGAUGAUGCAACAAAGAGCUCGUGUUUAAUAGAUUUACAAGUGGGCAGAAAGUAG